GCCACCUGUCAGUGUCCAUCAGUGCCAGCUCUCAGUGCCCAUCCAUGCCACCUGCCAGUGCCCAUCAGUGCCACAUUUCACUGCCUUUCAGUGUCACCCAUCAGUGCCAGUCAGUGCCACCUAUCAAUGCCAGUCAGUGCCACCUAUCAGUGCUGCCAAUCAGUGCCAGUGCCAGUCAGUGCGGCCUAUCAGUGCUAGUCAGUGUUGCCUAUCAAUGUGCAUCAGUGCCGCCUAUCAGUGCCUCCUAACAAUGCCAGUCAGUGCCACCUAACAGUGCCAGUCAGUGCUGCCUAUCAG